UGACGAGACAGACCGGGCAGAACCUCCGACCCCUAGAUAAACAGACAGAUGACGAUGAUGAAGAUGGUCUCCUCCUCUCCCUGCCUCCUCCUGCUCCUCCUCUCCCUCAGCGCCUCCAUCAGCUGCUCCUCCGCCGCUCACAGAGACUCCAAACUCGGCCUGCUGCUGCACAAGACCCCGCUGCUGGGCUCCAAACAGGACAUGUCCCGGGCCUCGCUGGCCGAGCUGCUCCUAUCUGACCUUCUGCAGGUGGAGAACGAGGCAAUAGAGGAGGAGAGCUUCCCUCUGAAUGAAGGAGAACCUGAAGACAUCCGUGUGGAUCUGGAGCGAGCGGCUGGAAGCGGUCCACUGCUCGCCCCCAGAGAAAGGAAGGCCGGCUGCAAGAACUUCUUCUGGAAGACGUUCACCUCGUGCUGAGCGUCGGCCAGACGCUGUACAGACUGUGUGCGACGAAGUCGGGCUGUUCUCAGCUGAUCCUUUCAGAAUGUAAACACCAUCCAGAUAUUUUUAAUUGUUGGUUUGAAUAAAAUCUGUUUGAGACAAA